AUGGACAACCAUAGAAGCGGGGAAAACCUUACCAGUGAGACUAUACAAGCACAAAUGUUUUUUGGUGCUACUGGGCAAGGAAAAAAAAGUUUCAACCAUACCCAUUGUUGGGAGGUGGUGAAGAAUUGUAAGAAAUUCCAAAUUAUUCCAACGGGUCCGACGGUAGUCUUGAACGAGACGCCACUCCAUGAGACACCGGCAUCGGAUUCACUUAUGGAUUCCCUGAUGAGUCAAGACUCACCUAUCGAAAAGGAGCCGAGGCCUAUUGGGAGGAAGACGGCGAAGGCGAAGAGAGGGAGUAAUUCUACCAAGAAUCAUCUAAAUUUUUGGAGGAACUUUCAAAGAUGCAAGCCAUGA